AUGUCGUCUGAAUGUCCUGGGAAGACCUCAUGGCCGGAGCUUGUGGGAUCAGAUGGAAACGAUGCGGCUUCGGUGAUCGAAAGUCAGAACCCUGGAGUCAAAGCAGUCGUGAUUUUGGAUGGAUCUCCGGUGACUGGAGACUUCCGUUGCGACCGGGUCUGGGUGAGGGUUGAUAAAGAAGUUGAUGGUAUCGUCGUCCAAGUUCCUACCGUCGGUUAG